AUGUGGGAGUCUUUUAAAGGCCUGCUGAUUGGAGUUCAGGAUCACCAUGUUCCUGUGAGGCUGAAAGAUAAAGAUGGCAAGGUUUCAGAACCUUGGAUGACAAGAGUUAUUGUAAGUUUAGCCAAAAAGGAAAAGGAAGCUUAUCCUUCUCAAGAGGAUUCAAACAGUGUGGCAAUGAGAAUGAAAGAAAAUGAACUCUACAGUUCACAUGAAGGAGUAAACGAGUAUAAAGUCUCAAUAAGAAGUACAGAUGCUUCAGAGAGAUGUGAUCUCAAAGGAACGUAUCUUCUCAAGGCAGACAAAGAUGCACUGAUUUUAAAAAGAAUCAGCCCUGAGCAAGUGGUAUAUGAAUGGCCUUACAUGUAUCUAAGGAGAUUUGGUGGUGACAAGAGAAUGUUUUCAAUUGAAUCUGGAAGGAGAUGCAAAUCUGGUCCAGGGAAGUUUGAGUUUGACACCAACCAAGGAAAACAGAUUUUUACAUCUGUAAAUGCUGCUGUAACGAAUCAAAAGUCCAACAAUGAAGAGGAACGAUGCAAUUCUGAUCCUUUAGAAAAUUACAAUUUAUUUGCUGUGGAUUCUGCCACUCACAGGCCAUAUUCAGGUUGUUCACAGGAGCAUGAUGCUAUAAAUAAAUCUCAACUAUCCAAAAGAUUAUCUUUUGCAGUAUCAGACGUUUCUGAAGGAAUACAUAAUUUGCGUUGUGAUGCUUCCCCAGAUAAUCAGACACGUAGUCCCCUAAGCAAGUCACCAGUCAGAUUUCAGUACAGUUUCCCAUCACCUCCUCUAUUUGCGUCACAUAAUGAAGUAACUGCUAAGUUAUCGGCAGACACACUAGAAAAUAGGACUACACUAUAUUCAGAAGCAAAUCCAAGAGGGAUUCACUUGACACUUCCUUUGGAACCAGCAAGCGGUAAUAAAUCCAUACCAAGACAAGUAGGAAGGCAGCAAAGUAGCUUUACAUCUCACAGAGGGAAUAUCCAACUAAACCAAAUCAAUGGGCCUUUAGGUACGUUUCCCUGCAAAGUACAUUCAUCUAACAAUGAGAAUAAUUUUGUUGAAAAGAAUAUUCCAUCUAUCAUAAUGACUGAGCAUCCUGAUUCUCUUUAUGAUACUGUAUAUAGUGGAUUUAAUAUGUCAAAUUCCAAAAAUCCGCUUCACCAAAAAACAUGUGAGAAGAAUGAGCACGUAUAUGAAGUUAGUGGUGAUUCUUCACUUUAUGAUGAAGCAAAAGAAUUGAGUGAAGCUUGGAAAAUACAAGGCAGAUUGAAUGACUUUGGUUAUGAAUAUCCAUACAAUCCUUCUGCAGAUGACUAUGCUGUGCCAAAACAGGCAAUUCAGGAUGCUCCUCUCAGACCACCUAAAAAUUUACUAUCUUCAAAGGGAAGAGUAGAAAAAAGUGAUUAUGUCAACGUGGAAUCAAUUAUCUGCAAUAGGUAGAUAAGCAAUGACACAUAAUUUGUUUUGUAUUGUGCCUUAAUAUUAUUUCUAUAAAUACUGUAUAAUAUCAAUCUACGUCAAUCAUUCUGUUUUCUCUUCAAAGUUUCUAGGCCUGGAUUUUACAGUUGUUAUCAAGGUAAAAUUGCAUCACAAAACUGACAGCAACUUUGUGGUUUUUGUGUAUCUGUAGUUUAAGCAGAUUUAGACUCCAACAAAGAUUGUGGCCUUGGCAACCAUCUCCAAUCAAAUCAAUGAA